CGAAUUUUGGGUGUGAAGGUCGAGUUUAAAAAAGAAAUCGUGGCGGGGGCGCGUUUCCCUCUCUUUCUCCAUCUCCCGCGAACUUCGUCCGCUAGGGUUCUGCAAGAUGAUUAAGAACUCAAAAGGGGUGCUAACGAUUGCAGAGAGGUGCAAGAAUAUUUUGGCGGCUAACUAUCAAUGUGUUCUCAAUACUGUGACGGCAGAUACUAAAGGGAGCAAAGAGGAUAUCCAUAGCUCAAGGGUUAAAUAUAUGUUCCGGAAAGGGAGGCCGUAUAUUUGGAUACCAGAGGAUGACCUGCACAAUGUGAAUAUGGUAAUGGAUGAACGUGGAUCUCUUGCUGUUUCCAGCAUGAUUCCAGGCCAGCUUGUGAGUCUAUUCAGGUCUGUAGGGAAGCGGCCUUCUCGUAUUGCUCUAACUGGUGACAUUGUAUCAAUUGGCGAUGACAAGGUCCAGCUUGCCAGGGAUUCUCUUCAGGAGGCUAUACGUUUGGAGCAGAAAGUCCUUAACCAAUGCAGCUAUGCGGUGUCUGGCAUUUUCAGUUCUUCUAGCAUUAAAUGUAAAACAAGAAGUAGCAAUCUCCAGGAAAUUUUAGAUGGAAGUGAUAAUUACACAAUCUGCAGAUUCAAUUUGAGGUCUUGUACUCUCAUUGAUAAUCAUGGAAGCACACAUGAAGUGGACAUGGAGGAAUUUGAAUCUUCUAAGGCUGAUCCUUUAUCACCUUUCUCAGAAACACUGAUUGAUGGAAUUAAUCAGAGUCAAGCAAGACGGCGAGCGCUGAUGCUUUUCUGCUUUGUCUACUUGAACACAAUUGCUCGGGACGCUCUCAUGUUAUCUGCUGAUCGGAGUGGAUUUGAUGUGCUUGGCAAAGUGCCCUGUUCGAUCACUAAGGAUGGCUUUGGUCAGUAUCAGUGGAAAGAAUUUAGGUUCCCCCUGAAAGAAGAGGCUGAUAACAUUGAAGCAUUUUGUCAUUCUCUUGUUGAGAUGGAAGACGAAGUUCUCCAAACCGUGUCCAGUUAUAGUGGUCUUGGUUGAAAUAUCAAGCUGGUCUGGGCUUCUUCAAUUGUUUUCGCCAGUCAAAUUUGUAUGCAUAUCUAGAACUGCCAGCUCCCCACAUCCCUGAUGAAGAUAAUCGCGUGCUCAAUGGGUCUACUGCUUCGGGUCUUGUAUUUUCCGUACAAACAUAUGAGAAGCAACUUAGACUCUUAGUUUACCUUAUCUGGAUUUAGGUUGACUGGUCGAAAAAAAACGACAAUUACCUUACUAUGUAGCAUCAAAUAGAGUGUGGUGCAUUGUUGUUGGAAUGGCCUGAAUCAGGUCUUUUGAACGAACAUGUGGCAAAUCAGUUGGAUUCUGUGGCCUAUUCAUGAAUGCCCUGUACCAGUUUUCAAAUAUGAAUCGUUGAAUGUUUAAAACUUUUUUAUUUAGUUUUUA